GAUUCCUACGCCGACUUGCCCCCACCGAACAGACCUCCCUACCCACGUCCACAAGCGACUGAACCCCCACUUCCAACGGAUUUCUUAUCUCCAUGGGUGGGCAAGACAGUCGAAGACUGCGCGAUGUGGCUACAAGAAAUGCCUGUACAGGAGAACGUCUACGCAGAGAGCGUGAACAGAGAUUACUUUACAGCUUUGAAUGAGUUCUCCAAAGAAGAAGAUACUGUUUUAGUGUGUCGCGUACAAAAGGAGGACGAUGGUGAUUUCAGGGUUGACUACUUUCUACACUCUACGGAUGAGGUGCAGAUGCAGAUGUAGACAAACUGGCAUAUGAAGUUCGACGAGAAGGCUGUUAAUUAUCGGGAUGCAAGGCUUGAGAACACACAGCCUAAUCGAAGAAGAUUCACGAC